AUGGUAACCUUGUUUCAUGACAUGAUGCACAAGGAAAUUGAGGUUUACGUCGACGAUAUGAUUGAAAAAUCUAGAACAAAAAAAGGACAGGUGCGAGUCCUGAGAAAAUUGUUCUUAAGGUUGAGAAGGUUUCAGCUCAAGCUCAAUCCAGCAAAAUACACCUUCGGGGCUAGGUCGGGGAAGUUGCUAGGCUUCGUAGUCAGUGACAAAAGAAUUAAAAUUGACCUAGAUAAAGUGAAGGCCAAACAAGAAUUACCUCCGCGAUUGUUCAACAACUCUAUGGGAUGUGUACUUGGCCAACACGAUCAGACGAGAAAGAAAGAAAGGGCGAUAUACUAUCUCAGUAAGAAACUCACUGAGUGUGAGACGAGAUACUCGCCAAUUGAAAAUUUAUGUUACGAUCUGGACGACUCAGAGAUUGAGGCAGUAUAUGUUGUAUCACAUGUCUUGUCUAAUCUCGAAAAUAAAUCCCCUAAAUUAGAUGAUGGAGCCGAAUGCUUUGAAUGGAAGGAUAACCAGAUGAAGGCGGUAAAAGGGAGCGCAAUAGCAGAUUUUCUGGCCAUUAGAGUUCAAGAGGAUUAUGAACCACUAAACUUUGAUUUCUCGAAUGAGGACCUAAUGUGUGUGGUAGCCACUGAAGAAGACCUUCAAGAAGGUCACCCUUGGAAACUAAACUUCGACGGAGCCUCAAACGCUGUGGUUAAUGGAAUCGGGGCAGUCUUGGUAUCCCCAGACGACGAUCAUUACCCUUUUACUAGUAAAUUGGAUUUUGAUUGCACAAACAACAUAGAUGAAUAUGAAGCAUGUAUUAUGGGCAUCCGUGUAGUUAUAGAAAUCAAAAUCAAAGUACUAGAGCAUCAAAGAAGAAGAAAAAAUGAUUGCCCUUGGUACCAAAAUAUACUGCGAUAUGUGAAAAAUCGCAAAUACCCUGACCAAGCAACCGAGAAUGAUAAGAGGACAUUGAGAAGACUGGCCAAUGACUAUGACUUAGAUGGAGAAAUCCUAUACAAAAGAGGGAAGGAUCAGGUACUAUUAAGAUCUGUGGACGCUGUCGAGGCUAAGAAAAUCUUGGAAAAAGUCCACGAGGGCGUUUGCGGGACACACGCUAAUGGUUUUAUGAUGGCUAGGCAAAUCAUGAGGUUUGGGUAUUAUUGGUCCACAUUGGAAGGGGAUUGUAUUAAUUACACCAGGAGAUAUCACAAGUGCCAGAUUUAUAGACGCAAAAUUCAUGUGCCUCCUUCACCCCUUCAUGUCAUGACUUCUCCUUGGCCUUUCUCCAUGUAG